CAUAGUUACUACUAGUAGUACAUAGAAUACAUAUAUGUAGAUACAUUAUUUAUGUAUGCAUUUCUAGAAUCUCAAGAAUUCACAUAUAUAUUCACAAAAAAACCGCACAAUACACACAUCUGAAGACAAAGACAAAUGGUGAACUUGUAUCAACCAAACACUCUCAGAAUCCUGGGUAGUCGUCUCAGUCUCAGUCUCAGUCUCAGUCGUAAUAGUAGUACACGUCAACUGCAUCACCGCUCUUUCCCAUCAUCAAUAUCACCAUCACCCUUACAACUAUCGCCAUUACCAAGCAUAAUAAUAAGAACCAUGUCGUCAGCACAAAACCCAAACCCAGAACCGGGCACCAGCAACAACAACUCGCAGGAAGCGACAGCGGCUGCGGCUGCUACCGAACCUCACAAAACGCCGCUUCCACUCCCAGAGCCCACCCACGCCAGCGACAACAACGUCACACAACUACCCGUAGAUGGGGAAGGCGUCCGACUGGAUCAUCUGGGUCCCCUCGUAGUCAACCAAGACGGUACGACCAGCCGCAUCGCCAACUGGGGCGAGAUGGCCGAGAUCGAGAAGCAGAACACGCUGCGCAUCCUCGGGAAGCGGAACAAGCAGCGGCUUGAGACGCUGAGGGGGGGACAGCAGGGGAAGGAAGGCACGCAAGGCUGAAUGAAUGGAUGAAUGAGGGAAGGGAAAGGAGUGCUUAUGUAAUUAGAUGUCUACUACAUACAUAUACUAUGUACUAGUAGUAGUAGGUGUGCAAUGUGCAUGAGUCGAAGAAUGCACUUGGGAAAGAAAAGCAGGUCCAAGAAAAGAAAGCUCGGUGUGUGAGUCCAGCUAGCUAACAUACCUUACAUAUGUAGCUAGGUAAAAGCUAGGGGGUGCUAGUACGAAUUGAUCGUCCUGUCCUAUCUGUUGUAAAAUACGAAAUACCUAUACCCAAUUGCAUGCAUAUGCCAUACAUACCUACCAUACAUGUAACUGCCAUAGUACCUACCUAUCUAUAUAUACCUAGUUCAGGGGUACAUACUAGGCGCGGUACUGGGCACGGCACCUUUUUCAUAUUAGAAGAUUCAGCAAUAAAGUAUACUGAACAAAUUCCCCGC